UCAUCAAUCCUUCUCCAAUCCGAAUCGUCCAACGGGGUGAGGAUCUCACAGACAUUGCCAAAGCGUCCUCUUCACGGAACCAGACGGCAAUCAUGACCAAGUUCACUUUCGCCAACUCCUCCGAGAAGGUACCCGGUGAUGGGAUCCUCCCCGCCCAGUUCUCCAUCAGAGCGGCCCCUUCAACAGAUGCUUGGUCCAAACCUCCAUCCACAGACACUUUCACUGCGCCGAUUUUAUACCGGAGUGUUCCGUUGAAGUCGUUCAAACGAGUCAGAGUCGCCUUCAACGCAGUCUGGCAGCAGAACUAUGACCAGGGUGGACUCAUCCUUGUCCUCAACGGUGCGGGAGGUACCCGGAAAUGGGUCAAGACUGGCAUCGAACUCACUCGUGGCCGACCUCACCUGAGUACCGUCACCAAAGACAACUGGGCGGAUUGGAGUCUGCAGCUUGUCCCAUCAGGAGGUGGAGCGGCGACGCUAGAGCUGGUGCGAGAGUCAGACAACAGCCUGUGGAUUUAUCUUGUGGAAGGCAUCCAGAAAUCCCCUCUUCGGGAGGUCACCUGGGUGUUUGAGGAAUCGGAUGUUCAAGAUUUCUGGGUCGGGCUCUAUGCAGCACGGCCUUCGAAAGAGGGGGAGGACUUGGUGGUGAACUUUGGCCAUCUGAUACUCGACACGUCCGAUUAAUGGGUCGCGUUGUGUGCAAAUGUAUCUUAUACAUGAUGUUCAUGGUGGUCAUGUCAUCUAUAUCCUGUCCAGAUUUGAAUUGGUAGUCAUAUAUACCUGGGAUCGGUAUCUCUUGGCAGUCCAUAGGAUGUUCAUACUUCGAAAAUGGAUUCAAGACACCUACCAAAAAGGAUUGAUACAAUGCAAUUUCUCUUCCAGACCGUAAGCACACGUAGGGCUGGAAGUUGCAAGCAUGUAUUAGCGGUCCUCGAUGUGUGCUGGGAUUACAUUCGAGCGUACUGGGGAUGAUUGCCAAUCAUA